AUGGGCAAUCCUGGCGUGUUCCAAGGUACCCGGUUCGACUUUUUGACGAGUGAGCUCCCUGGAUAUGGAGUGGCGGUAAAAGAGGACCGCGCCCGAGCCUAUUGCAUCAGUGUCUGCCGACGAUACCACAAAAGAUACCAUCCCCUUCUGCCGCACAAUGAAGAACCCACCGCUGAAGCCCUAGCAUUGGUGAAUGACGACGUCGCAGAC